CGCUAUGUCGGCGAAGUGAAGGGCAAGCAAGGUCAAUGGCUGGGUGUAGAAUGGGAUGAUCCCACCCGAGGAAAGCAUUCUGGAACUCAUGAUGGAAUCGAGUACUUCAAGUCGUGGGAUCAACCGAGGACUUUCCUCGAAGCAUUAAGAACAAAAUAUGCAGCCAUCGAGACUGGAGAGCAUGCAUCCAAUCAAAGUGUCAUCAGAUUCAGUGGUAAAGAAGCCGAAGAAGUUGGGUUCGAAAAGAUCGCCCGUCAGCAGGCUCAACUGCAGAAUCUUCGCAUUGUGGUCUUGGAUGAUUUGCUUGUCAAGGCCUACGACGAAGACACUGCAAACUCUGAAGACAGCCUGGAUCGCAUUACCGAGACUUGUCCAAACAUCACCGAUCUCGACCUGGGAAGGAAUCUGUUUGAAACCUUGUCCGAAAUUUCCCAAAUAUGCGACCAACUACCAAAGCUGAAGUUCUUGAGAUUAGAAGACGUUUCUGGGCGAGAGAACUACUCUACAGAGAGUGUCUCUGGCCUGGCCCAGCUUACUUCUGCAAGUCUUGAUCACAUGCUAUGUAAAGGCAAAGAGGUCGGUUGUGUUUACAAACUCAGUACGGAGCAUUAUGCUGAUUGCGUUCUAGNNCUCGAAACUCUUCUACUCUCUAUGCCGAAUGUCAAGGAGCUAUCAGCAUCGAGCAAUCAACUGGGUGCGCUGGAUGAUUGCAGCUUGCCAAGUACCGUACACUCAAUCAGCCUAGAAGAUAAUGACUUCACAAGCCUCGAAGAUAUACGUCACUUGGAAGAAUGUUGUCCACAACUCCGCACCUUGAACCUCAAGAACAAUCAAAUCUCCAGCACGUCUAGGGAUACACAACACAAGAACACGUUCAAGCUACCGGAAUCGAUAACCGAUCUGGAUCUUGCAUACAACAACAUAAUUUCAUGGAACAUCAUAAAUGAACUAUCGACCACUCUUCCAGGAUUGAAGCAUCUGCGUAUAGCUCACAACCCUCUGUUCUCUUCUUUACGUUCGGCCGACGGCAAGCCUUUGACUUCAGCUGACGGCUAUAUGCUCACCAUCGCUCGCCUACCUCAGCUCGAGACUCUGAACUACUCAAAGAUCACCGAGAAAGAGCGACUGAACUCUGAAACAUACUACCUCUCUCAAAUCGGCAGGGAGUUGUCUCUGUCACCCAAAGAAAAGGAAAAGGAUAUACUGGCAUCUCACCCGAGGUGGACGCAGCUGUGCGAGGAGUAUGGCGAGCCAAAAGUUGAGCGUCAAGCUGAAAGCGGGAUCAAUCCAAACUCUCUAGCAGCCAGGCUAUUAGAAUGUACAGUGUGCUCGCCUGCCGCAGCUCCAGUCCCUGGUCUGCCAAAUGAACAUAACCCGCUUGUCGUCGAGAUACCUAAAGCCUGCAGCAUUUACAAGGUUCAUGGAGUCAUCGGCAGGCGUCUAGGUGUCGAGCCCACCCAACUUCGUUUGAUUCUAGAAAUCGGCGAGAAGGAUCGCGUGGACAUGGCUACAUGGAACGGGGUAGAGGAAUGGGAUUCUGACGAAGAAGACGCGGAAGAGGUUGGUGAAGAGUGGAAGGAAAGAGAAGAGGAGCUUGUCCCUGGCACGAGACCAUUGGGCACUUUUGUUGAUGGAUCGAAAGCAAGAAUCAGGGUCGAACUUAGACCGAGUCGAGAA